CGCAAUCUUCCACGCAGAUGCGUUUCUUUAUCCUUUCCUCUUCAUUCUUCAAUUAUAAGCGCCCCCAUCCCCCCUAUCGCUUUCCACUCUCCCCAGAUCUUAAACAAAGAAGUUUGCACUCAAGCCAGGGAUCAUGGGUCGUGGAGUCAGUUUUGGUGGGGGCCAGAGUUCUUUGGGCUAUCUUUUUGGUAGUGGUGAGCCUCCAAAGCCUACUACUAACAAUUCUGAGGCUCCUCUGAAUCAAGGAACAGCUGUUAGUGCUGGAACUCCACAGAAAUCUGUUGCACCUGCACCAGCACCGCCUGCAGAUGCUACCAAACAGAUACCAGCUGGGGUCCCCGGGAGCAAAACAAAUAACUACUUCCGUGCUGAUGGUCAGAACUGUGGGAACUUCCUUACGGAUCGUCCUACAACCAAGGUCCAUGCUGCACCAGGUGGAGGGUCCUCCCUGGAUUACCUGUUUGGAGGUGGAGGUGGCAGCAGCAAGUAGUGCCUAGUUCAUUUCUAAGAUGCCAAUCUCUAAAUCCUCCUCAAGUCUGGAGCAACCUACCCAUUUGUACUUUAGACAAUCCAAAAUUUGAAUUGUCAAUAACUUGAUACUUGGUUUGGCAGUGUGAAUUUCCUGUUGUAAAUGGACAAAUUGUUGAUAAUCUUUCCAUAUAUAAUAUUUGCAUUUCUCUUAAAA